AUGGAUACCACUUCCCAGGGCCUUCCCGUCGCAACAUACCCCCCGCCGCCGGCAACAUGGAGCAACAUGCCCAACAAGGUCCAGCUCGCCAUCCUCGCCGCAUCCCGCUUUGUCGAUUUCUUCCAAAUGGCCGCGUUGCAAACAUUCAUGGUCUAUCAAUUGAAGAGUUUCGACCGCAAUUUGGAAGAGGACGUGAUUGCACAUCAAGCAGGCGUGCUACAGGGCGCAUUUACUGCCUCACAAAUCGCUUCGAGUAUCAUAUGGGGACGGAUAGCAGAUCACCCAUCGGUGGGCAGGAAAAUGGUCUUACAGAUUGGCUUGGUGGGGACGGCAUUCGGCUGCGUAGGCGUGGCAUUCAGUAGGUCUUACGCGGAGGCCGUCUUCUGGCGCUUGAUGUGCGGCGCGGUGAACGGCACCGUCGGCUCCGCUCGCACAAUGGUCGCCGAAUGCACCCCCAAGCCCUGGCAUCCUCGCGCCUUUCUCCUCCUACCAGCGGCGUUCAACGUCGCCAACGUCUUUGGUCCCAUUCUCGCCGGUUUCCUCUCCGACCCCGUUGCGCAAUACCCCUACCUCUUUGGCGAGAAGAGCACCUUUGGCGGCGAGACGGGCGUGCUAUGGCUGAAGACGUAUCCCUACGCCUUGUCGAAUCUCAUCAGCACCAUACUAUUAUUGGUGGAGGCCGUGAUUGUGCAUUUCUUCUGCAAGGAAACCCUCAAAGGCAAGCGGCCGAUGGAAUUGUCCAAAUUCGAUCCCAUUAGCAUCUACAAGGCCAUCACGGGCGGGAUCGAGAGCGUACGGAAUCGUGGAUCCCGCGGGUCGCGUGAACAGCGGCAGGGUUUGCUCAACCGCUCCCCUCGCACAUCCCUCGAGCUGGAUCAGAUGAAUGCGCGUGGGGAAAAGAUCGAAGAACGCCCGCCGCAAGUCCUUCCGUUCAGCCGAAUCUGGACGUCGAAUGUGCUGUGGGUGCUCGUCAGUGUGGCCAUUUUCGACUUUCACAUGGGCGCAUUCAACAACCUCCUCAUGCUCUUCCUCGCCACCAAACGACAGUUUCUUCCCAACAACCAACCCGCCCUCGGCGCCGCAGCUCCCAUCCCCGCCGCCAUUCCCGCCGAUAUGCCCAAUAUCAAACCUGGCGCACCGGCCCUCUUAUUCCCUCGAGCAGCCGAUGCCCUGCUGCAACCCCGCGGCCUCUUCAAAUUCGCAGCCGGUCUUGCCUUUUCGCCGCCAGCCAUUGGAUUCGCAAUGGCAAUUAUUGGCUUCAUCGGCAUUGGGCUGCAAUUCAUCCUCUACCCCUGGGCGAAUGCGCGCUUCGGCCUUAUGCGCUCCUUCCAAGGCGCCCUCUUCCUCUUUCCCGCCGCUUACUUCCUGGCUCCCUACAUUGCGCUGCUUCCUUCAUCUGCCCCUCCUCCGGACCCCGCAUCAGGCUGGGCAAUCUGGCUCGGCAUCUCCUUUGUGCUAUUCCUGCAAGUCGGCGCGCGCACCUUUGCCCUGCCAGCCACCAUCAUCCUCAUCAACAACUCCUCCCCACAUCCCAGCGUGCUCGGCACCAUCCACGGACUAGGUCAAGCAACGUCCGCCACUUUCCGCACUCUCGGACCCAUGCUCGCGGGGUAUUGGUAUGGUGUGUGGACGAAGCGGGGCUACGUCGGCAUGGCGUGGUGGAUUGUGGCGCUCGUCGCUGCUAUCGGCUGCGUGGCGUCUUUUUGGGUGAGGAAUGGAUCGGGGCAUGAGAUUUUCUUGCCGGGCGAGGAGGCGGAGAUGAAGGAUAGUGAGACUGCGGGCGGCAGUGGAGAUGGUCGGUGA